GAUUUUGAGCGAAGGGACCGACGACAGCACAUGCUAUUUGUGCAGCCUUUGAUGUUCUAACAUCAAUAAGAAAAUUGUCGACUUCAAUCACGACUCAAUUUGCCAAUUUGCUUAGUUAUUAUUAUAGCUAUAAUCUUGUUUCAGAAUGCUGCAAUUUACCGAAAAAGAUCCAACCAAGAUGCGAUUUGGCAGAAGCCAGCUCUGCGGAUUUAAGAACGGCUACAACUUCGUAGGUCACGGAGGACCACUGGGAUGCGCCGACUCCGCACCGGGCCUGGAAGGGAUGCUCGACGAGCUAUCUCAUCAUGACCCAAUUCUAACAUACGGGGAUCCUAAAUCCAAGCGGGGACCCAAGGCCAGAUUUGUGCCGUCUUACGUCGCAUACGACAAGAAGGUACUCAAGUUUCUGGCUUACUUCAAACAAAACACGCCUAACUCACAAGAGGAGAAGUAUCGCGUACGUUUCGUUCAUAUUUUAUACUUCUUGGAAGACGACACCAUUUGCAUAAUGGAGCCAGCUGUGGACAACGCCGGCAUUCCACAGGGCAAACUCCUACGAAGGCAUCGCGUCCCCAAGAACGAUGCCGGGGAGUACUACCACUGGAAGGACUUUGACGUGCAGGACGACGUCUGCUUCUACGGCAUUUACUACCACAUCUACGACUGUGAUCCGUUCACCCGUCAGCUGUACGAGAGCGAGGGGAUCGAUCUGCGUGAGGCUGAGCCCUCCACGCCUGACGACCCGUACAUCCACGACCGCAAGAUGCGUCUGAGACCGCACUCUUACGUCACGCCGUCGCAGUGGGACAAGCUGCGACAGUUCCUGCACAUGGAUCGCCAGGUGCUGCGCUUCUUCGUGGUGCGUGACGACCGCGACGAGCUGUACGGGGAGCUUCGCAAGUACGUCUUGUUAUACUACUUAGCCGAUGAUACAAUCGAGAUCCUGGAGGUGCACACGAAGAAUGACGGCCGCGACCCGUUCCCGUGCUUCCUCCGGCGGCAGAGGGUGCCCAAGAAGCUGGAGCACUCGCUGACGUUCCCCUCAAUCAGCCUCGAGGUGUCACCCAAAGAGGUGAAGGUCUGGUUCCUGGACACCGACCUCAAGAUCGGCGAGACGGUCUGCAUCUACAACAGCCGCUUCCUCAUCUACGACUGCGACGAGUUCACCAGGAACUACUACCGUGAGCAGUACCAGAUGACGGACUUCACGCCGAUCGAUGUCACCCGACGUGCCCAGGGACUCGAGAAGAGGGUCGCCAAGCCGCCGCCCAUCACAGAGCCACUCGUGCUAAAGACGCCAGCGAAAGACUACAUGAAGUACCUGGAGAACGAUGGAAUCAUCCUCCGCUUCGAAGCCGUGCUGGAGUCACAGAAGCCGUACCACCGCGAGAGGAGGUUCAUCAUUUCCUACUAUCCCUCCGACGACACCAUCUCCAUCUACGAGCGCGUGCUGCGCAACUCUGGCGUCAUCGGAGGCAAGUUCCUGCACCGGCGACGCGUUGACAAGCCAGAGAGCACCAAGGAGCACCCAGUCUACUUCACACUCCGAGACUUCUGCAUCGGGGCUACGCUCCAGAUCUACAAUCACCGCUUCCAGAUCGUCAACGCCGACCAAUUCGUGUUAAAGUUCCUCGAGGCGAACCCGGUGGGCCUGGAGGGUACCAUCGCCAGCCUGAGACAAUUCUUCCAGGCAAACCCGACGGCUCAGCCCGUGUGCACCACUGAGGAGGGAGCCGCCAGCGACGAGCGAGACGAGCGUGAGGGCCGUGCCAGGUCUGCCUCGCCGGGACCGGGCCUAGAGGUGGUGCAGGUCUCGCAAAUGCCGGACAUGAACCAGCCUGGCUACCGAUCACCCGUGGACCAGUAUCUAGAGCAGAAGCAGCGGGCUCAGGCGGAGAAGGAGCAGCAGCGGGCGAGAGCUGAGGGCAUGGCCGAGACGUGUGCCGACAUGAAGCGCAAGACGCUGGAUCCCAGGAAGGUGACCUUCUGUGAGGAUGCUGUACAGAGGUGUGACUGAGUGCUGCAGCCCUGGGUGCGGCUGGUCAAAACAGCGAGGCGGCUUAGCAGUUAGCGAUAGACAAGAAUGUGCCGUUGUGUUCACUGGAACGAUAAGCGCUUAAAGCGGCACAUGCUAGGAACGUUGCAUGUGAUGCCGCGAGUGCCCAUCGCGAGCACGGUGAUAAUCGCGACAAACAUUGUCAAGCCCCAUCUUACACGUCAAGUCCCCUGUUCUUAUAAAUCAUUAGCUUCAGCAGUCACGAGCACCGCAGUAAUCUGUCCGUUUUAGUGUCCCGUCUACCCCAGCAGUGCUCGUCGGCACUCUGUACCGACCCAAAAAAGCUGCAUGCCAUCGACCCAAUACAGCUGCAAAUCAGCC